AUGUUCUAUUCGGAGACCUUGCUGCAGAAGACCGGGCCUCUGGCCCGGAUCUGGCUGUCCGCCAACCUGGAGAAGAAGCUUUCCAAAACCCAUAUCCUCCAGUCAAACUUGACCGACAGCAUUGAUCAGAUCAUCACCCCGAACCAAGCCCCCAUGGCGCUGCGACUGAGUGGUCAGCUGCUGCUCGGCGUCGUCAGAAUUUACAGUCGCAAGGCCCGCUACCUGCUAGAUGAUUGCAAUGAGGCUUUACUCAAGAUCAAAAUGGCUUUCCGCUCCACGGGCAAUAACGAUAUCCCAGAGAACUUGGCCAUGCCGAACCGAGAGGCUCUUAUGAUGCCUGAUCGAAUCACGCCAGCCGAUAACCUGAACAUCUUGCCACCGCCAGACGCCAACUGGCUUCUCAGUCAAAUGGAUGAUGUAAAUGCGACACAAACCAGUUCCGGCACGCGUGGCCGGGGCAGGCCCAGCAAUCGCGAUAUCAACCUGCAGGAGGAUUUUAACAACAGCCAGUUCUUACAAGGGGAUUCUAUGGUGGAUGAUGAACUCGCGCUUGCGCCCAUGGACGACUUGGACUUGGAAUUGGAUUUCGGUAUGGAUCUCGACGAGCAGCCGCGUAAAGAGCAAAGCAUCGAAAUGGGUCGAGACGCGCCUGCUGCCCGAGAUGUUGAGGACGACAUCUUCAGCGAGCUGGAUAUGGGACCUAUGGCAAAGGGCGCGGAUCGCGAACCGUCCAUGAACCUUGACUUCGGAGACGACGGGGUUGUAAUCGCGGACGCAGAUGGCGAUAUCCCCAUGGAUGAUGAUCUCCAGUUCAACAUCGACGACCAGUCGGCCAUGCCAGAGAUGGGUGCUGCACUCGACAUGGACCGUGCUCGUAUAUCAGAGUCGCCACUGUCCGACAUCGACGAGAACAUGGCCAAAGACGUUGAGGAAUGGACGCGACUGAACAACACCAGCAUCUAUGAGCCGGGUCAAGAGCCUGAAGAACCUGAACCAUUACCUCAGAAAAAGUCCAAGAAGCGCAAGGUGUUCGGCCUCGAUCCUUCGACCCAGCUUAGCAGCACACACAUCAAGGAGCAGCAACAAAACCACGAUAAUAUCCUGAAAGCCCCCAGCUUCAUUUCGCGAGACCCUUACUUCCUAGCCCUUGUCGAGCUGAAGAACAGCGGCAGCUUUGUCUCCAGCAUCAUGGGUGAUGGCCGUAGCAAGGCCUGGGCCCCCGAGCUGAGAGGACUAUUGUCUCUUGACACCAUCAGGCCGACAAACGACCUGAAGCGUAAACGAGACAGCGGAGUGGCCGACAUGGGUAGCGAGGAAGAGCAGGGCAAUUCCAAAUCACCCCGCAUUGAUGCCGGUGAAGACGAUGACGCAUUCGCGAUGGCGGAUGCAGGACUAGGUGAACAAAGCGUUGCCCCGGAAGGAACCAUUCUAGAGAUUCCCGCAGACGACGGCGUGGUGAUCAACAACAACGACGAUGACGACAUUCACCAACCGCGCGACGCCAGCCCGAUACCGGCUUUCGAUGAGACGACGAUACCGUAUGUGCAUCCCGAGGAGAGCGGCCCCGUGUCGCUAGGUACCAAGCAUGCGGUUCACGUACUGAGAGAUUUGUUCGGCUCCGAGGCAGCGGAGGACGAAGAGAAACGGAAGAAUUCGUCAGUGGUUUUCCAGGACCUCCUACCUGAGAUGAGGGCGACGAAGGCGGACGCCACAAAGAUGUUCUUUGAAUGCUUGGUCCUCGCGACCAAGGAUGCUAUCAAGGUCGAGCAGAAGGAAGGCUCCCUUGGCGGCCCCAUCCGAGUGCGUGGAAAACGAGGACUGUGGGGUGCCUGGGCCGAGAAAGAAGCUGGUGGAGAGAUCGCUACACAAGACACACAAGAGGAGGCUGCCAGACAACCGCCACCUGCGAUAGCCAGUUCUUCUCGGCCAGUGGCUGCUGCUGCAUGA